AGAGCGGUGCGGCGGGAGGGAGGAGGCGGAGGGGUGUGCGGCGGCGGCGUUGCUGCUGCUAGAGCCGUUGUCAUGGCCGGGCUGUGGGAGCGGCUGGCGGGCGGCGACAGGGGCCGCAUGGAGAGCUCCGACUGCGAGUCGCUGGGCAGCGCCUCCGGCUCGGAGGGAGAUCCCGACUCCGCCGACCAGGCCUCGCUGCCGGACCUGGACCUGCUGCUGCACGACCCCGAGGACGAGGUGCUGUGCGCCGAGCUGCUGGAGCUGGUGCAGGCCACCCUGGGCAAGGCGCCGCUGGGCGCCCAGCGCUGCUCGCGCCUCCUGAUGCCGGCCCAGCUCGUGGCGCAGGUGAGGACGGAGCUGCUGCGCCUGGCCUGCAGUGAGCCCUGCGGGCUGCGCGGGGCCCUCCUCGACCUCUGCGUGGAGCACGGCAAGGCCUGCCACGACGUGGGGCACAUCGCCGUGGACCCCGCCGUGGUGCCCACCUUCCAGCUCACCCUGGUGCUGCGGCUGGACUCGCGCCUCUGGCCCAAGAUCCAGGGACUGUUCGCCUCGGGGCCCGCGUUCACCCCGGGCUUCAGCCAGUCCCUGAAGCUGAGCACGGGCUUCAGAGUCAUCAAGAAGAAGCUGUACAGCUCCGAGCAGCUGCUCAUCGAAGAGUGCUGAGGGGGAGACGGCUCACCCGAGUGCUUCGGAGGAGCUGACGCUCACCGAGCUGGUUAGAGCGUGGCGGCUCCCAGCGGCCGCAGUAGUUUAGGUUAGGCUGGAGUAGGGCGUAGGUGGACGUAGCCGGGGCAGGCGGAGGCCCUGC